GCAUUCGAUGCGUCAUCAGCGAUUCUCCCGGUAAACUCGUGCGCAUGGGAAUCACACACACACGCGCGCGCGCAUCAGUGCUGGUGAUUUAUAUCAGAUCUGUGAUCGGGACGUGAUGAACAUCUGAACUCCAGACAGCAGUGUUUGUGUUAUUUCUCUGUUGCAGGUUGAAAUAUUAAAGUGAAGUGAAUCUCUACAGAGGUCUGUGUUGAAGUUGUGAUCAUGGCAGAAACAGAUCUGUCGUCUCCAUCCGAUUCAUCUCUCCGGUCUCCUCCAUCAACACCUCUCUCAUUAUCCUUCCCCAUCCUGAGAGACAGCAGUCGGGUGUGGGAGUGGGACAGAAGAACGCUGAAGUCUGGGGAUUUACUCAGUCCACUGCCCACCAAACGCACACGAUCAUACUCAGCGACCGUUCGGGCAAACGCAGGCCCUGUCUUUAAGGGUGUAUGUAUCAGUUUCUGCAGGUCUCAGGGUCAUGGUUACAUCAGACCGGCUAAUGGUGGAGAAGACAUCUUUGUGCACAUCUCUGAUGUGGAGGGUGAAUACGUCCCUAUGGAGGGAGAUGAGGUCACGUAUAAAGUCUGUUCAAUCCCACCUAAGAACUUGAAGGUCCAGGCUGUAGAGGUCACCAUCACCCACCUGAAACCAGGAACUAAACACGAGACCUGGUCAGGUCAGAUCAUCACUUCAUAAGAACACUGUGUGUGUCUGUGUGGGAUACAGAAGAGGAACAGGAAAUAAUGAGAGCUUGAAAGAGCAAAGCAUCAUGGGAAGGACUUUAAAAGUGAUGGAGGUGAAUACAGAGCAAAUGAGACUGGAAACAGACGUAUGGAAACACAAACAUAUGUAGCUACACAAACUUGAGUUCACAAAUGUGUGAGACUGAAAUUCACAACACAAAUACAUUACUGCAGUCUGUUUACUCUCUCAGAAUCUCAAACACACAUCAUACACUUGGGUUAAGUUUAUGAUCAUUUGAUAAAUCUUUGGAAACCUGUUCACAAAUCCAGGUCAUAGGGCAUUUAAAAUGUAAAGAUAAUUUAAUUAAACACCAUUACAUCAGUUUAUAGGAUUAUACAGUAGGAUUGUUUUACAUUGUGACCGCUUCAUUGUCAUUAAAUUGAUUUGAUUUGACCUGGAAUUGUUUUGUGCAAAGGGUUUGAUCAGAAUUGUAAUGUCAAAUUGAUUCAUUUUACACUUGAAACCCCAAAAACACAAACUGCCAAACCGACCACAUAUCCCAGAAUUCCUGGGAGUUUUUCAGGGUAAGAUGCAGCAUUUUGUAGUGCAGUUAAUAAAUAACAGCGCUUAAAUCUACAUGAGUGAUGUCAUCAUUUUAUAUUGUAUAAUCUUCAUCAUGUCAAUGCUCUGGAUGUUUGAUUGAUUAAAUCUUCUUGAGUUUGUUGAAUUAUUUCAUUAUCAGAUGCUUGCACAUUUGAAUUUUGUCUUGUCAAUUUUUUAUUUCUGUUGGUGUUUCUUUUAUAAUGUAUUGUUUUUGCACGUUUAGCACUUAGAUCACAAUGGUUAAUGUUAUUUACCUGUGACUUUAAUAAAAUUAAUUACUAAUUAUU